AUGCCGCACGGGAAUCUGAUCGGCAGGAAGAAAGCAUUCCUAAAGGAGCUUGAACUGCAAGUUAGGCUCAAAGACCAGAUCAUCUCUCGCGGUCGUGCGAUCUACGGCCGUUGCGUGCCUUCCGGCCACACUUUCGACGUUUUCGUGCAGGAGACUACUCCAGACCGCAACAGGCAACCAAGUGCUCGGGCUGUUCUGGUUGUCUACACUUCAUCGGGAUCGUUCCCUACCGGCAAGAUUCUGCACGAAUAUAGCGCUAUGGAAGAAUACCGUUCGGAAGUCGUCCGAGGCAUGGGUCUUUCUGCGUUGACUGGACUGCUCGAAGAACUCUCCAAGAUGGAGCUUAAGCAAGAGAUCAUCGCUGACGGACCUGCCAUCAUCACUGGCUACGGGCACACCUGCGACGUUAUUGUGAGCCCAGAGAAACAUCCUGUUCUCAAUCUGGUCGUAACCGGGCAAUUUUCAUCGCCUAUUGGGGAAGACAAGGAGAUUUUCAAGACGCAACUCGUCUGUAUCAACAAUAAACCUCCUACAACAUUCCAUACGACAAUGGGAUUACUGCUCUAA